CUAAAUCAGCUUUACGUUAAAACGGGACCGAGAGCGUUCCAGAGAAUUCCAGAAAAAGGAGAGAAAUUGUUAUUCUGGUGUGAAUUUCCAGUCGACAGAAACAGAAGAUGAUCGAGGUGGUUUGCAACGAUCGCCUGGGCAAGAAAGUCCGGGUUAAGUGCAACUCUGAUGAUAGCAUUGGAGAUCUGAAGAAGCUCAUCGCCGCCCAGACAGGAACACGACACGACAAGAUUGUAUUAAAGAAAUGGUAUACCAUAUUCAAGGACCACGUGACUCUGGGUGACUAUGAAAUUCACGAUGGAAUGAACCUGGAGCUGUACUACCAGUAAACCCGAAGACUCCCACAAUCCAAUGCUAGAUGAACAGAACACACACACACACACAAACAGACACACGCACACACACACACACACAGAAUGCCUGUAAUGUGUCGCGGGAAACCACCAUGAUUGGACAGAACAACUAAAAGAGUCAGAGUGGUAUCUCCACAGAAGAAACUCAAACAUGACAUUGAUUUUAGUUUUAGCUCAUCACUUUUGCCCACAAAUUAUAUGUAAGACAUGUUGCUGUUGUUGUACAAUUUUUUUGUUUUGAUAUUUUGGAAUUAAAGCAGAUGUUAAC